CACUUUCGUCACAAUAUGCCAACAACGGAACAAUAUUUCGGAACAAUAUGCCACUGGCCUCCAAACACCAACCUCAACAGGCUCAUUGGUCAAAUCGUCUCCUCCAUCACAGCUUCCCUCCGAUUCGAUGGUGCCCUUAAUGUUGACUUGACUGAGUUCCAGACUAACCUGGUCCCAUACCCACGUAUCCAUUUCCCUUUGGUCACCUACGCCCCUGUUAUUUCUGCUGAAAAGGCUUACCAUGAACAGCUGUGUAUUGCUGAGAUCACCAAUGCCUGUUUUGAGCCUGCCAACCAAAUGGUCAAGUGUGACCCCCGUCACGGCAAAUACAUGGCCUGUUGUAUGCUGUACCGAGGAGAUGUUGUGCCCAAAGACGUCAAUGCUGCUAUCGCAACCAUCAAGACCAAGAGAACCAUCCAAUUCGUUGACUGGUGUCCCACUGGGUUCAAGGUUGGUAUCAACUACCAACCACCCACCGUUGUUCCGGGUGGAGAUCUUGCCAAGGUCCAGAGAGCCGUGUGCAUGUUGUCCAACACCACCGCCAUUGCUGAAGCUUGGGCCCGUCUUGACCACAAGUUCGACCUGAUGUAUGCAAAACGCGCCUUCGUUCACUGGUACGAUCUAUAGGGGAAUUCGAUAACCAAAAUCGCUAAUUAGCAGAAAAGACGAUAGGUGGUGGAGAGGUAUCGAAGUUCGAUAAUAUCAGGGCGCAGGGGCGCCAACAAAGGCGAAACCGAUGUUGUUUCGGAUUGAGCCGGAUUGGGUGUCGUCGUCUCCUCUCUCUUGUGCGGCAAUCUCCCUGGGGUCCGUAUGGCCUGGAGAACCCUUUUUGGUAGAGUUUGGGAGAUCGUUUUGUGAAAGUGAGCGCUCAGCGCAAGGGACGAAACAACGGGGCCGGGGGAAACGGGGGCAACUCCGCGCGUACCCCGGCGGUGUCCGUCCUAGCUGCGGCCCGUUGCAGCAAUCCCGGGGCGCCGAGCAGAUACCCGCCACCCAGGGCGGCGAGCGAGGCGCUCUCGAAGCGUGCACGGUAGGACCCGAAA